AAGUAACGUAUCUAAAAGUGGCACAUACCAAAAAUUAGUUACGAUUUUGUUUUUGAGAAGUUACAUAUCUUUGGAGCAAAAUCAUUGAUAAAUAUCUUCUUCAAUUCAAAAUAACCGUAUACUCACUAAACAUGGACAACCUCAUUUUUUUGUCCUACUUUUAUACACUCUCGUCAAUAUUUCACAUCUAAAAAUCCGUUAAUUCCGUUGAUCCGUUCAUUGUAGAUUGGGAUAUUUAAAAUACUAAGCAUAACAAAAUGUCUAGUUUUAUCCUAAUUUCUCUAGUUAAAAUACCCCAUGACUAACAUCAGAUACAUUUCAAUUGGGCAUAUAUCUUGAAAAACAUAGCAUAAUAAACACCGUAUAAUUUGUACAGCUUCUUGUUCCUAGGUCCCUCACCUCUUCAUUCAGCCAUGGAACAAAAGGAGAAAAUACCUACUAAAUCAUCUGUGCCUCAGUUUGGAGGGUGGGACCAAAAGGCUCCAGGAGCUACUGACUAUUCAAUGGUGUUUACCCAAGCUCGUGAAAACAAAAAGCAUCAGAAAACUGACCUGACCCAAGUCAAGCGUAACAGCAUUGGGAAUGAACAGGACCUCGCCAAAGCUAGUCAUGGACAUGCACAUCCUGCUCAUGGUCAUGUUCGUUCUGCCAAUGGUCAUGUUCGUUCUGCCAAUGGUCAUGCCAAUCCUGCUCAUGGUCAUGCCCAUCCUGCUCAUGGUCAUGCUCAUGCCCAAGUUCAUGCUCAUGCACAAGAAGAUCCUGUAGUCAUGGGGAAAAAGAGGAUUCUGACCUACAUAAAUUGCUGUAUUAGGCCUUGAUAUGAUAACAACCACAUAAACAUAGUCAGUCCUUCAUAUUCAAAUCCAUGUCAUGCUAUUAAACGUACUAGGAUAUAUGACUUGUAAAAUAUUUUUGUGUAGAUGAGACAAGUUCAAUAGAAAACUGACCAUUACACAUUGUACAGUAUCGUAUAAAAGCUACGGUCUCUUUUAUUCCAGUUGCUUUUGAUACAGUCUAAGCAAUGUACAUUACAUCAAUGGAAAAUAUUGCACGAAAUAUAUCUAUUACUAUUACAUAAUUAUAUA